CACGGACGUAGGCGAGUAAAACCUUCAGCUGAAGUUGAGAAGCUUCGUAAAGAAAAAGAAGCAACUAAAAUAAAAGAAUAUAAUGAUUUAGUUGCAUCAUGCUUUGAAAAGAGGGAUAAAAAUGAGUUUGAUAAUGAUGCUUUUACGAUAACUACAAAAAUUUUAUCACAAAAUCCUGAUUUUUAUACAAUAUGGAACUUUAGAAGAUCGAUUUUAUUAUAUGGAAUUCUGAAAGAAUGCUCAGAAAAAGAUAAACAACAGACUUUAUCAACUGAGUUAGGUUUUCUCCAAGAACUCUUUCAGUUAAAUCCAAAAUCUUAUUGGAUUUUCAAUCAUAGAAGAUGGUGUUUGGAGGAAAUACCAAAUCCAGAUUGGAAUAUGGAAUUAAAACUUAUUGGCAAAUUUUUGGAAAUGGAUGCUAGAAAUUUUCACGCAUGGGAUUAUCGACGUUAUGUGACAUUCCAGCUUUCUUCCACCACUAAAACUUCGCUCACUCAAACCGAAUUCGAUUUCACUACUACAAAGAUUAAUCAAAAUUUUUCUAAUUAUUCGGCUUGGCAUCAACGGAGUAAAUUGAUGCCGCGUUUAAUAAAAGAGCAAAAUUUGGAUGAACAGGAAAAGAAAACCCUUGUUAAUAAAGAAUUUGAAUUGGUAAAGGCUGCGUUUUACACUGAUCCGGAUGAUCAAAGUGCUUGGCUAUACCAUUGGUGGUUAGUUGGUCGAGAAAUUCAACAUAUCUCUUUGCUCGGCGCCUAUUAUAAUCCGAAAAUGCGACAAGUUGUAUUAGCAUUUGAUGAUGAAAUUGGAAUGGUGAUUCCAUUUCAAGUAACUAAAAAGAUUGAUGAUAAUUCCCCUUCAAGUUACAUUGAAGGAAUGUGGAGACCUGCCGGAGGAGAACUUAAACAUGAUCAGCUUAAUAUUGAUAGAAGUUAUGGUUUUGUUUGGAUUUUUACAUUUUUUGAUUCUGUGAAGGAUGAUUUUACAGAAUUAAUCGUCACGGUAAAGCCAGAAUUUAUCGUGCCAUCACAUUCCGAAGUCAAGUUAACAAGAACUAUGCAAAGACAUUGUAUUAUUAAUGACAAUUAUAAUUUAGAAAACGAAUCAUCAAGUUCAUUAAGUCAGAGUCAAGAUACUUUGCCAAUAGAUACAUCAGAAAGGAUUAAACUUUUACAACGCGAAAUUAGUAUGGUUCGAGAGCUAUUGGAAUUAGAACCAGAUACAAAUCUUUUAAGAGAAUUAAAAUACAUUUCUGGAACAAAUAUGGAAGAAAAUUCAAAGAUCGAUGAUGAGGUUGUUACAAUUUGUGAUCAUUUAAUUAAGAUUGAUAAGUUGAGAACAAAAAGGUUUGAAGAUUUGCGUUCAAAAGCAAUUUUUGAGUCAGCAACUAAAUCAUUAGUCAAACUUGUUUCAAAAGAAUUAGCAUAUAAUGACGAUACAUUACAAUAUCAAGAUUCAACAUUUUCACUUGAAUCUAAAAAUCUUACAAUAAUUCCUACUCCAUCAAUUUUAUUAUAUAUUACCAAAUUAAAUUUAUCAAAUAAUAAACUUACAUCAAUACAAUUUCUUGCUAAUUUAAUUAACUUAAAAGAAAUAGAUGUAAGUAAUAAUUGUAUUACAAGUAUAAGUGGAGUUAAUAGGUUAAGAAAUUUAAGAUAUUUGAAAAUACAAAAUAAUUAUAUCAAAAAUUGGGAAGAGGUAAAGAACGGAUUUAUUGGAUGGCAAGGGGUUGAAUGUAAUAUUUAUAUAUCUGAAAAUCCAUUAAUUGAAAAUACUAAUGAAAUAGAAAGUUUGAAAAUUGGAUGGGAAAAUGAAAUUAAAGAAUGUAGCGAUCAAUUGAAAAUUAUAUGGAAAUAA